AUGUGUAGCAAUGACUUUGCCUCUGAUCUCCAGGGCCUGUGUCCAGAGAGAGACUUCAAGGUGGAAUGUGGUGGAUUCUCAGCCCGCCCCGUGUACAGCCUGAAACAUGUCCCAGACACCAGCUUGCUGGUGACCAGUGGCCCACCAGACAGCUCCCUGCAGGUCUGGCAGGUGUCAGCAGAGGACUCUGAUGUUAUUCAAGCUGUAGGUGCCAUAGCUGCAGACAAGGCCACUGGGCAACCUUGGGCUAAAAUUGCAACCAUCUCAGCCAGAGCCCCGUGGGUCCUUCAUGGCUCAAGACUCAACAACGUCCAAAUUACAGAGGUUGAGUCGAGGAAAAAUGUCUACAGGGCAGGUAUUUACACCAGGUCUGACCUUGGAGUUUGGAAACUUGGGGUUUGGCUGGGCCUGGCUGACAUCCGGGAGCCCCAGAGUCCCCUGGGAGCUGCAUCCAUCCCCUGGGCAGCGCGGGCCGGGCGCUGGUGCAUGGGAGCCCCGGGCUCUGCCUCCAACUGCCAGCCCGUGGCUCUGCUCUCCAGUGAGGGGCACCUCGUCCUGGCAGACCUCAGGAAGCCCUCGGAGGCCUUGGCCAUGGCCAGGUGCAGAGUUCCCUCUCCUGGUUCCCACGCUGAGUUCCUCUGUGUCUCCUGGGCUCCAGCCCUGCAGGGCACGCUUGCCGUUUCAGGUUUCGACGGGACCGUGCGGGUGUACGAGGCUCAGAGCUGGGACAGCUCUGGCAGGGAAGCAGAGCCCAUCUUUGUCCACAGAGGCCACACCUUGGGUGGCAGUGGGGACCCCCCCUUGGUGACAACCCACACGUGGCACCUGCAGAAGCCAAGAACGUUGCUGUCGGCGGCGAGCGACGGUUCCCUGCACGUUUGGGACUGGGUUCAGCCCUGUGGGUAG